AUGCCCUGCACCCCUCGCAUCCUCCUGACAAUCGACACCCCCCUCCUGUCAACCCCCUCCGCAGACACGCUCGUACUCAGCCGCAAAGUCAACGACGCCUUCACCUGCGCGCUGGCCGUCGCCUCGCUGCGCCCGCGCAACGGCGACGACGACCCCGACCACGGCGGCGGCGGCAGCGCUGCUGCUGCCGGCCCGCUGUUCGCGCACAACGUCUUCGCGUGGGAUGACGAUGAUAACGACGCCGGCGGCGGCGGCGCGUUCCGCGUCGCUGUCUCGUACUCCCCCGCCGCGGCUGGUGGUGGUGGUGGGGGAGGCGCGAUCAGCGCGUCGUUUACGGAUGCGGUGGAGGUCGCGCACGGCGAGACGGUGCGGUUCAGCGGGAAUCGGCUGGUCAAGGUUCCUACUGCGGCUGCUCCUGGCGCGGGGGUUGGGGGAGGAGGAGGAGGAGGAGGAGGUAAUGGUGGCGGUGAUGGGGUGGAGGGGAGUGCUGUGGUUGUGGCGAAUCGUGAUGCGUUUCGGGGGGCGUUGGGCGAAGGGGGUAACAGGUUGGGGAGGUUGUCGCCGCCGUCGUCGUCGGCAUGCGUGUUCUCGGUGGUCGAUGUGCCCUCGUCGUGCAGGGUCGAGGUCCUGCAGACCGUGGGCGGAAGGGGCUCGUUCUGUCGCGUGUUUCAGAGCGAGCUGGCAGGUUUGAGCGGGACGGUGGAAAUUAAUAUCUCUAAUACUUGGUUAGCGAACACCAAGGAUGCGUAUUCUCCGUUGGCCAGCACGACGGGGUCGUACUCGUGA